AGUAAAUGCCAAUAACCACACAUUUCUCUACCGAACUUCUCAUAUAUAUAUAUAUGUUUACACACAAACACAAACACAUACAAAGUCAUAAACAAAUGGCUUCAUCACUUCCUGUUGAUUCAACACACCGCCCUCACAUCGUACUAUUUCCAUUUAUGUCCAAAGGCCACACCAUCCCGCUACUCCACCUAGCCCGCAUGCUAGUCACCCGCGGGAUCACGGUCACUAUUUUCACCACCAAAGCUAACAAACCAUUCAUUGCUCAGGUUCUUGAAACCUGCCCAGAUGGUAAUUCCAUAUCCAUCAUACACCUUCCGUUUCCUAAUAACAUUGAGGGCAUACCUCACGGUAUCGAGAGCACCGAUAAGCUACCUUCAAUGUCUCUUUUCCCCCAAUUCGUUAUCGCGACAAAACACUUGCAGCCUCACUUCGAAAUGUCACUCAAAAACCUCGGAAACGUCACAUGCAUCGUUUCCGACGGGUUUUUGAGCUGGACGCUUGCGUCCGCAAACAAGUUUGGCAUCCCUCGGCUGUCAUUUUACGGGAUGAACGCGUAUUCAGGUGCGGUGCAGCAUUCUGUGAAUGUAAACCAGAGUCUGUGGGGACCCGAGUCGGAUGAUGGAUUAAUCACCGUGCCCGGGUUCCCCUGGAUUCAAAUCACACGGAAUGAUAUUGAUUACCCAUUUACCCAACGUAACCCAUCCGGUCCCUUCCAUGACUUCAUAAUGGAGUCGAUUGCCUCAUCGGUAAACAGUUAUGGUACGAUAGUGAACACGUUCCACGAGCUGGAGCCGCGGUUUAUAGACUACAUAAACCGCAAAAUGAAGCCCACACCUUGGUGUGUAGGGCCACUGUGUUUAGCCGAGCCGUUCGGCUGCUCAGAUAAACAGCCGAACGGCUCGAACAGCUCGAAAUGGAUAACGUGGCUAGACCAGAAACUUCUCCAAGGAUGUUCUGUGUUAUACGUCGCAUUCGGGUCACAAGCCGAGAUAUCAACACAACAAAUGGAGGCCAUAUCAAAAGGUUUAGAGCAAUCCGAAGUUAAUUUCUUGUGGGUAGUCAGAAACUGCGAGUCGAAUGUUCUUAGUGAGCUCGGAGAUAAGGUAGGAGACCGAGGGAUGAUCGUGACGGAAUGGGUGAACCAAAUGGAGAUACUAAAACACGAGAGUGUGAACGGGUUCGUGAGCCACUGCGGAUGGAACUCGGUGUUGGAGAGUAUAUGUGCGGGGGUGCCGAUUUUGGCGUGGCCCAUGAUGGCGGAGCAGCCGCUGAAUGCGAGAAUGGUGGUGGAGGAGAUAAAGAUCGGGUUAAGGGUCGAGACGUGUGAUGGUUCGGUUAGAGGGUUUGUGAAGGCGGAUGGCUUGAAGAAGAUGGUUAAGGAGUUGAUGGAGGGUGAGAAGGGGAAAGAGGUGAGGAAAAGGGUUAAGGAGGUUGGCGCGGCCGCGAAGGCAGCGGUGGCGGACGGUGGUUCGUCGUGGCGGACGUUGAACGAGCUCAUAAAUGAGGUGGAGAGUGUUAGGAAUAAGGGGAAGAGCGAUGGAGAGAUGUGAAUUUAUGGGUGGUUGUUAAAUACUUUAAUAAUACACUUGCUUAGAAUUGAUCACUUGUAUUAAUGGUGAUAACUAGUUGAGUGGAUCCUAGGUUAUAUGUAUGGUGUUUUAUUGAAAUGGUUAAUAAUGAAGUGAAAUAGAGUGUGAAGUGAAGGGUGGUGUUGGAAAAAA